CAAGUGCUUAUUUUUAUUCUUACCAUGGCUCGCACAAAGCAGACCGCGCGUAAGUCUACUGGUGGCAAGGCUCCGCGCAAGCAGCUAGCUACCAAAGCUGCUCGUAAGAGCGCCCCGGCCACCGGCGGAGUGAAGAAGCCGCACCGCUACCGUCCGGGCACUGUGGCCCUGCGCGAGAUCCGGCGCUACCAGAAGUCCACCGAGCUGCUCAUACGCAAGCUGCCGUUCCAGCGGCUGGUGCGCGAGAUCGCACAGGACUUCAAAACCGAUCUGCGUUUCCAGAGCUCGGCGGUCAUGGCGCUGCAGGAGGCGUCGGAGGCCUACCUUGUAGGUCUUUUCGAGGACACCAACCUGUGUGCCAUCCACGCCAAGCGGGUCACCAUCAUGCCGAAAGACAUCCAGCUCGCACGCCGGAUUCGUGGGGAGAGGGCAUAGACUUACAGAAAGUCAGAUAACUGUAAACCCAAAGGCUCUUUUCAGAGCCACCUACAACUUCACUGAAAGUGCUGUCCUCCCAAUGUCUCAACUGGUGUUUGCAGGGUACUUAUAUUGUAUUUUUCUGCCCACACUUAAAGUACCUUAUGGUUUGAAGCACGCUUAGUGCUUAGCUGGCCAAAGCUGUUGUGGUCAGUUUUACUGAUGCAUGGACCUUUAAGCGUCUCAUUUUCUACCAUGGGAAGUAAAUGCAGAUAAUACUGUUAAGUAUGCUUUGAAGAUCGUUCAUCCGCAAAGCCUGUAGGCGUACUUUAUGGAGCAGCCAAGGUUUUGGUCAAGUUUUGCGAAACUUAACCAGUUUUCCUGGGCACUCCCAGAAGCAUUAAUGUAUGAUCUGACAUGGCCAACAAUAAGUAUUCAGUACCCAUUUAAUACCGACCUGUAAUUUCUUGAGGUAACUGGCAAAAUGUAGCUGUAGUUAUAAAUGUCCCACGUCCACAUUCUCUGCUGUUAUAUUCAAACAGAAUAGGUAAAAUAAAUUGGAAACCCAAUUCUA